AUGAAUGCAAAUCGCCAUCGGAACAAGUUGGCGCUCUCCUUCAUUCUUACUUUCUUUGUCCUUGUUGUUUGGUGCCAAGCACCUGAACCAGUGGCUCCUUUGGCCGGCCUGGGCAAUCCUGUGGCUUUGAUAAUCUCUUACAAGGAAGAAGCCAGUGCUCCCUGUGCUUGCAAGAGUUGCAGUGAAGCAAUACUAGAUGCAAGGAAACAGUUGCUGAAUGGCUAUGUUACGGAUAAAACCGAUACAGAAAAAGGGAUAUGUGGUUUAGCAGUCUUAAUUUCUGUUGCAGCUGGGAGAAACGACAGUCAGUCCUUGGAUAUUGGUGGCAUGUUUCGUUGUUUUCCAGUAUUAAAUAUGUUGGCUACAGAUUCCAUAGCAAAAGCACUAUUAGCGAUCUUUGUAGCUUCGGCCAGCUUAAUGCUGAUAAUCAUGCUGAUUAAGUUCGUAGCCAAGGAUAAACAGUCUGCUAAGGCAAAAGAAAUCACCAAAAUCACCGAAACCACGUGGUCUGGCCUCUAUAGAUUCUCCAAGUCUGAGAUUGAGAAGGCCAUAAGUUCUGCCAAUGAAAGGAGCAGCCUCGGACAGGGAAGUGCAGGUCAAGUUUUCAAAGGAGUUCUACCCAGUGGACAAGCUGUUGCCAUCAAACACAUCUACAAGACCAAUUCACAUGAUUCGUUUACUCGGGAAGUUGAAGGACUGUCUAGGAUUCGACAUCCAAACCUAGUUUGUCUCUUUGGUACCUGCGUUGAAGAUGGGGACAUGUACCUAGUAUAUGAGUUUUGUUCAGCUGGGAAUCUAGCUUAUAAUCUACAAAAAAAACAUGAGGUUCUAACUUGGGAAAGAAGAGUUAAGAUCCUAAGAGACUGCGCUCUGGCACUGAGAUAUCUCCAUAACUAUAUAGAUGGUUGCAUUGUUCAUCGAGAUAUCAAGCUUACUAAUAUCCUUCUGACCGAUAACCUGGAACCAAAGCUCUCGGAUUUUGGUUUGGCUAAGAUGCUAGGGAUGGAAGAAAGUAAAGUGUUCACUGAUGUCCGGGGGACCAUAGGCUAUAUGGACCCCGAGUACAUGACCAACGCUAAGCUGACAGCUGCCAGUGACAUCUACAGUUUUGGAAUUGUUACUCUGCAACUUCUUUCAGGACAAAAGGUCAUCGAUUUGGAUCUUGAUGCCAGAGACCAACUAACGAGAAAGGCAAAGGAUGUGAAUAUGGGGAAGCGUCCACUGAAGGAUUUUGAGGACCCGAGACUGAAGGGAGAAGUAGUCACUGAGGAUUUCCAGUCAAUAUUACAAGUUGCAGUACUUUGUGCUGCUAAAUCAAAUAAAGGGCGUCCGAGCAUCGAUCAAGUAUUUCAAGAGAUGGAUAGGGCUUGGAAAAACACAGUUGCUUACAUGAGGACAAAGGAAACGAUCACACAGGCCACAACAUCAUACUCCAGAUCCAUGGAGGAAUUUGUUUCAGUCUAA